UGUGUGUCAAACGCAGGAGUGAGGCCUGAAAGAACAAGAACAGACUCGAGUCCACCGCCUGCGGCCACGCAGAGCUGAGCUUAACUGCUGUGUAGACGACGGGGAAAGGAAAUUCCAAACAACGACCUGACAGGACGGCGAUAUGAGAAACACAUCUGACGAGUUUCCAUAGAAACUCGUCAUCAGGGGCCAGCAGGACAACGCCGUACAGCAGACAUGACGGGUGGAGGGUGUUUGAUGAUGGAUGAUGUUCCAAAGAGUUGUCAGGAACAUCUAUUCAUCCCUUUACUCCGAAAGCCUGACAGGUUCUGUUGUGGAGCAGAAGAUGAUGACAGCUGGACCAGCUUUGAGAUCAAACUGGGAACCCUGACGGCCAAAGUGUUGGAUGAAGGAACAUGGAGGCGUUUUUGCAGCCACCAAACAAUAAAUGUCCGAGUGUUGUCCUGCAGGCCCGCCUCCUCCCGCUCCUUCUCCUCCUCUUCCUCCUCCUCCGAGACGGGGAGGGUUGAAAGGGAAGAAGUCAGCUCUUUUUGCUUUGUUCCCCCUCUGGAGCUCCGGGAUCGGGACGGCGCGGCUCGGGUUCCGGGCGGCUGUCUGCCGUUAUGACGGGCUCGGGUUCGAGGUUCGGGGUUCUGCUGCUGGUGCUGGUUCUUCUGCAGACGGUGGUGGUGACGUUCACGGUGCUGCGCUUCAGCGCGGUGCUGCACGCGAUGAAGGAGACGUUUGCCAGGAGCAGCGUUUCCUGUCUGACGGGCGCCAACCUGCAGAGCUUCAUGGCUGUCCAAGGAGAUCCAUGCUGGCCGGUCACUCAGCAGCUUCACCUGCUCAUCGAGAAGUCUUUGUCUCAGCGUUACCAGAAGCAGCUUUCCUCGGCCGUCAGAGAUGAAGUCUCCCGGGUGCUGCCGUCUCUAGUGAUGGAGGACAGAGCGUCACUUCAGCCUAAAGUGGCGGCUCAUGUGACGGGGAGCGUUGUUCCCAAACUGCAGCAGGGAGGAGGAGCUUCAGUCUCCCUCCAGAGGCGGGUUCAGGGCCAGAAGAUUUCGUGGUGGGACGGGCAGAAGGACCCGGCGUUCCUCCAGGAGGUUCAGCUGGUGGACGGGGAGCUGGUGGUACCCCAGCCCGGCCUGUACUACAUCUACGCCCAGACCUACUUCAGACACACCCUCUCCCUGGAGGAGCAGGGUGAGGAGGGCGAGGACAGAGGGAGACCCCUGCUGCAGUACGUCUAUAAAAAGGUAGUUGCUGAUUGGCUGAAGACUUCCUGGCUCUGGUUGGAUGGUUGUGGAGGAGUCGCUGCUGGAGCAAUGGAAACAUUUUGAGGAACUGCCUGCUCUUUGUUCUUCCACUCUCCAUGGUGCUGAUGUUCUCCAAUAACAUUUAUGGCAGAGCAUUCCCAGUUCUUAGCAAAAACCAUCUGAUCGUGUAAGAGGAACUGAAGACCUGAAGCAAAUUCGCUGAAUUUGUUCCUAUUAAUUAUUGUCUUCAAUGUUUUUUUCCAAAACUUUAUUGACAAUUGAAGUAUCAUACAUAAAACAACCAACAGUAACUAUAUAAUUAACAUUACCUCGAAUAGCAAUCACCAUUGCCGAAAACAUAAAAUAUAAACAUAAAAAAAACAAAUAAAAAAAAAACAAAACAAAUGAACAUAACACACACACAAAUAAGGCAAAAUAAAAUAGAACAUAGAUCCAUCCAAAUAGUUUAAUACUGGUUAGGGGUACUCAUUAAUUUUGUAUUUCUGAACAAAACUAAUUAAUUUCAAGCCAUACUUCUUUUUCAUAUAAUGAAGUCAUUGAAAAUAAAAACAGAGCUCUUUAUGAAAUGUAAUAAAAAGUGGUUUGGUCUUCAAAUAUUUAUUUUUAUGAAUAUAAAACUUUCCUUGCAACAUCAUAACAUUAAGAACAAUAUUUUCUGGUCUAUUAGAUGAUGCCAGCCCGAAUAAAACAUUUUUUGCGUCUAAAUGAACAGGCAUUGCAAUUUUGGAAGAAUACCAAAAGCAGAAGUCUUCCCAGAAUGUUUUCAUAACUCAACAGAUAAAUAAUAAAUGAUCCACCGUCUCAAUGUCCUUUAAACAAAAUUCAUUAUUCUCUUCAAACCCAAAACGAAGUCUAAAAAAUUCCUUGGAUGGGUAAAUGUCACUAAUUAUUUUAAAAUGAAUGUGUUGCACUUUUGGUAAAAAAAACAAUCGCCUCUUCUUUAGAAAAGUGUUUAAAAAAAUUUAUGAUGAGAUGUUUGGAAAAGUUCUUUGACAAACAAUCUUCGUAUGAGGCUAUUUGGUAGUUCUGUCUUCGUAACUGGCUGUCUGUCCAAUCAGAGCAAAGGAAGUUUUCAUUGAACUUUGUUUAACAAUAGAUUUUGUGAUACUUGGAUCAAUGACUGAGGAAGAGCUUUGAUCACAACAUCACAUUGUUUCAGAUCAAUAAAUUGAAAUUUAGAAUUAACAUUUUCAAACAUCAAAAUAUUUCCAAAAUGAUCCAGUAGAUGCAGAACAGACCAUAUCCCUUUAGUCAGCCAGUUAUUGUAAAACAAGGAUGUUUCUUCGUAACACGUAACAGCAGUUCCAGAGAGGUGUGGUGUGCGGACUAAUGUUAUGCUUAUAAAUUAGUUUCCAGUGCAAUAAAACUUGUUGAUGAAAA